UAGUGCUCACAAACUACCCUGAUCUACCGCAAUUUAGAAACCGAAAGCUAAUGGAAUGCCGCGGGUAAAGCCGCCAUCGCAUCAAAAGAGGCAGAGGGAAGAGACUGACUAGGGGCGAGAGAGUGUGGGACAAGCAGCAGAGAUCCCGUCACCAACAACAUGGUUUUAGGUCGCUAAACUUGAGAGGACUGGGAAUCAGACGAUCGUCUAUAUAAGCUGCAUAUUGCCAGCCUCUAGAGACGAUGGGAAAAAAGCAGACUCUCAACAGCGUGAGCUUCCUGAGAAUAACACCACAUCACUAUCUCUUUCUUUCCAAUUACUGCGAUGUAUUCAUACAAGCUCUCCUUCUCAGUGCUGGCUGGUCUGAUGGCCAUAACUCUCUUUCCAGCCAACAUUCUGGCAUCACUACCGUUUGGUCUAGCUGGACCAGAGGGUGCUGUGCUCUUUCUCAACGGAUUCCACUUCGUCUCUGGCCAUAACGAUUACGAGGUUUCCGCGAAUCAUUACUGCGUCAUUAUUCGCGACGAUAUGCUGCAGUGCGUGGUAUACAAUACCGCUACGACCCCGGCUCAUCUCGCCGGAAUAGAAUACAUUGUCACCGAGGAGGCAUUUGAAACGCUUGAUUUCGAAGAACGUCAACUCUGGCACAGUCACCAGUAUGAAGUUACGAGCGGGUUCCUCAUUGAACCAGGUCUUCCCAGCGUCGUCGACCAUACCAUCAUGAAAGAUGUGCUGAUAAACACCUACGGCAAGACAAUUCACACAUGGCGAUAUGACCAGAAAGACUCUUUGUAUCCUGUUGGCGUCCCCGAGCUUGUUAUGGGCUUCACACAUGACGACCAGAUCACGCCAGACUUUGUCGAAGCACGCGAUGUACUGUUCGGGACGAAUACGACUGAGAUUAGGGACUCGCGCCGUGAUAUUACACCCCACGAUGUUCUACCAGGUGCUGAUAGUUGGAAAUAUGGCUUCUCGCUAUCAUUUGGGAUUGUGAAUACAACGAUUAACACGGGUGAUUGUGCGUCGCCUGCUGCAGAACUCAUUCGUUGAUACCGGACACAGAAGGACCAUUUGGGGUUGAUCCUAGACGGAGCCCCUGCCUAUCAUUCGACGCUUUGAGCUGAAUGUAAAGAAUCGCGCCGGGCGGCUGAGUGACGGCUUUGGUGCUUUGGUCAUGCAAAUCUCCUCUCGAAUCCACAUUAUU